UUUGUAUCCAGGACACAACGUAGGACAGACAACAUGUGGCGAGUGGCACUGCGACUCAAGCCACGGGCGCAGCACAGCGCCUUUGCGUGUCGCCACUUGUCGACGUGGGUCACCAACGAGCCAGGCGCAACACCGGCAGCCGAAGCAACCGCAGUGAACAACGCCAAGACCAUUCAUCGCAUCAGUCCGAAUCACUUGCGAUCCCAAGAAGAUACCCGACGCGUACAACUGCUCAUCCGCACGUUCAAACAGUAUGGCCACUUCGUCGCCCACAUCGAUCCAUUGAAGAAGAGUGAGAAGUCGCCCGAGCUGCAAAAGUGGAACUGGGGCAGUCGGUGGGUUGAAAAGCCGUACUUUGACAGCUUCAAUCUCCACUCGCUCGCGCAUAGCGCUACGUUGGAGCUGCGGACCCACGGGUUUUCCGAAGAGGAUCUGGACCGCGAAUUCUUCAUUGGCGACGACUUGUCCAUCGGGCCCGUGGCGACCCUCCGCGACAUCGUGACGCAACUGCGUGCAUUGUUCUGCGGCCAUAUUGCGACAGAGUACCAGCAUUUGCGCAACCGCGACGCCGCCAUGUGGAUACGGGAAAGCCUCGUCAAGUACAACGACCACGAGUUCACGCCCGCGGAAAAAGUAGCGAUUUUCAACCACAUGCUGCAAGCGGAAUUGUUUGAGAAAUUUCUCGGGCGACGGUUUUCAGGAGCCAAGCGGUUCUCGGUUGAAGGCGGUGAAAGCUUGAUCCCUGGACUCAAGGAACUGCUGCAGACGGCCAGUGACUUGGGAGUUGAAGCCGUGUACAUGGGAAUGGCCCAUCGAGGGCGGUUGAAUGUACUGGCGAACGUGCUGGAGCGUCCGCUUCGGGCAAUCAUGUCGCAGUUCCAGCCGUAUUUGCCAGACGAGCCAGAUUACCCCAACAAUUCGGACGACGUGCGAUAUCAUUUGGGCACAGUGUCACAUCUCACCAUGCGAAACGGCAAUGUCAUGCAAGUGACGUUGUCAGCCAACCCAUCGCAUUUGGAAGCGGUCAACCCAGUGGUUCUUGGGGAAGCCAGGGCGUUUCAAGACAUCGCCAAGGACACGGAUCGGUCUCGCGUGAUGCCGUUGUUACUGCAUGGCGAUGCCUCCAUGUUCCAAGGCUCUGUUCGUGAAGCGUUUGGGUUUAGCGGCCUCGAAGAUUUCAAGACGGGCGGCACUGUACAUGUGAUCAUCAACAAUCAAAUUGGGUUUACGACGUUGCCAAAGCAAGCCGACUCGGCCGUAUACUGCAGUGACGUGGCCAAGAUCUCCCGCAGCCCCAUCUUUCAUGUGAAUGGGGACGACCCCGAAGCUGUGGUCAAGGUGAUGAAAAUGGCGGUGGAGUUCCGCCAAAAGUACAAAUGUGACGUGGUUGUGGACCUCGUGUGCUACCGCCGCCAUGGCCACAACGAGCAAGACUCGCCCGAGAUCACGGCGCCUGUGAUGUACCAUUGCAUCAACCAACACCCCACGGUGAUCACGUUGUACUUUAAACAGCUGCAGAGCCAGGGCAUAUUGACGGCGGAGCAGUGCGCCGACCUGAUCUCGGACAUCGAGCGCAAUUUGGCCAGCGAGCACGACCAUUCCAAGACGGCGCCUUCAUUUUGGGAUAACCUAGGCGACACCCCACCCCCCCUCCCUCCGACCGACGUCGCUCUGUCGAACGUCGCCAAGGACACCACCACCACUGGCGUGAACCGCAAGUUGCUCCAAGAGAUUGGCGCGCAGAUCUUUCGCAUUCCGGCGGGGUUCACGGCCCACAAGAAGGUCGAAGCCAUCAUGAACAACCGCCUCCGAGCGGUUGAAACCGGAGCGCGAGUCGACUGGGCGACCGCCGAGGCGCUGGCGUUUGGGUCGCUCUUGGCUCAAGGCGUCAAUGUGCGCUUAAGCGGCCAAGACUGCGAGCGCGGCACGUUCAACCAGCGCCAUGCAGUAUUGUACGAUCAAUUCGAAGCGCUGUCCAUGCGAAAUACCACGUACACGCCUCUAAACGAACUGUCGUUGGAGGUGUUGGCGGCCAAAGUACCCGAGUACGACGUGCCUAUCAACGUCCAUCCUCGCAUUCAAGUGUGCAACAGUCCGUUGAGUGAAGAGGGUGUGCUCGGCUUUGAGUAUGGCUAUUCGUUGCAAUGUCCGGGUGCGUUGACCAUUUGGGAAGCUCAAUUCGGCGAUUUUGCCAACGGCGCCCAGACGAUCAUCGAUACGUUUAUCGUGUCGGGGGAGCAAAAGUGGCACCGCCAUUCCGGCUUGAUCUUGAACCUGCCCCACGGGUACGAAGGCCAAGGUCCAGAGCACAGCAGUGCGCGCAUGGAGCGCUUCUUGCAGCAGUCCAACGAAGAUUCCGAUGGGUUUACGACGGACGAAGUCAAGGCUGAUGUGGAUGUGAACAUUCACAUUGUCAUUCCGACCACGCCCGCGCAGUACUUUCACGCGCUGCGUCGUCAAGUGUGUGCUUUGUACCGCAAGCCACUGGUCAUGUUUACGCCAAAAUACCUGCUGCACCAUCGUCCGUGCACGUCCGACUUAAGCAACUUCAGCCUCGACACGACCUUUCAGAGAGUGUUGGGCGACCACCCCGACGACAUGAAGCGCUUGGUGGCGGACGAUCAAGUACUAACAUUCCCAACUCGUUGUUUCAGAUGGUGUGAGAGUGUAUGUUUAUGUGUUGGCAACACAUACAGGUGCGCCGCCUAAUCUUGUGCAGCGGCAAGAUCUACUACCCCCUCGUGCAAAGCAUGCGCGCGCGGAACGUCCAAGACAUCGCCACGGCGCGCAUUGAGCAACUCGCGCCCUUUCCGUUCGCCCAAGUGGCUGCUUACAUGCAGCAAUACCCAAACGCCGACAUUGUCUGGGUCCAAGAAGAGCCAAAGAACAUGGGCGCGUGGUCCUACGUACAGUCGCGCCUCGCGACCGUCCUGCACUCUAUCGACGACAGGCGACGCGUGGGGUACGUGGGUCGGCACCCGGCGGCGUCCCCCGCCACGGGACAGUUUGAAAUCCACCAGCAAGAGAUGCGCGUCAUUGUCGACGAUGCGCUGGCAUCGUGAUAAUAUACGACAAUCGUCCGUGUUAUAACAUGUGUAUGUUAUAAUAAAAUGCAGUGUUAUAACAUAUCCUACGUAUGGCCCAACACAUCCGAGUAGAGCGUAUCCUGGCGUUGGCGGGCGGCCAAGUACUGGACGUGCGCUUGCAUCGACGGUGUUGAGCACGUGAAAUGGCGAUGCAGUAGUUUGUGGGGGGAGCUGCUGCUACUAUGUACCCCGAGGUGCCCCCCGACGAACAUGGCUACGCCUCGCGACGUCAAUUCCACCGCUUCGGUUUCGAGCCACACAGGCCGACCGACCACAUCCGCUGCCAAACAAUGCCAUGUCAACAAAUCUGUCGUCAAUAAUUGCAUAUAUAAAAGUACCGAUGAUCUGACGCCACACGGGCGACGAGCUGAGCGCCGUGCCGCUGGCUACCAAAUGAGCGUCCGAAGUCACAUAUUCUCC